AUGGAGGGCGUCUUCACGAUCAUCCUGCGGGUCGUGGGCGGUGAAUUGUCAUCAGCUCUCGCCGAAGCAGUCACUCGCCUCACCCGUACCCUUCGACAAUCUCUGGUCUUCUGGCGGGUCUUGGACAGCUUCCGGCGAAGGCAUGACUCCGAGAUGUCGCGACUGCGCCGCCUUGCUCAGGACCAUCCUAUCAUCGCCGAUGUCCUCACUGCGUACGACGCUCGGAUUGAGCAGUUUCACAUAGUGGAGAAGGAAGUUGUGGAACGGAAGAGACGAUGCGCGCACGAUGAGUGCCCGUCGCCGGAGUCAGAUAACACCAAUGAGCGGAUGCGCGCUUGCGCAUGUAGGAGCGUUUGGUAUUGCUCUGUCGACUGUCAGAGGCAACACUGGACGAGCGAGCAUCACGAGAAAUGUGUAUCUGGACACAAGAAACGGGGGCAGACCGCCUCCCGCGACAUACAUUUUAUUGUUGAGCUUGUCCUCGACUAUUGGAAGAAAAAUGAGCGACGCAUCUUGGACGACGCUCUCGCCAUUGACCCUCUUCGCACCCAUCAGCUCGAAGUGUACAUCGACCUUCGUCCUGCCGUUAUCGACCAUACGAUCAGGCUUAUGGGACAGAGGCCCUGCGAGGACACGGCGUGGGCAACAGAGCUAUUCGCGGUAUGGCUGGACCACGGGUAUACCAAUGUGAGCUGCGGUGUUUUCGAGAUGCCGGGAGAGCAUGAGGAAGCCGUACAGGAUGAAAUCGAGGACGAAGCGUCGUAA